AUGCCCACCUUUUCUUUCAUUUUCAUUCCUCUUAUUUUUUUUCAAUUUUUUGUAACACUCAUCCACUUAUUCCCAUUUUCUUCACAACUUUCAUUCAUUUAUUCCGUUAUUUAUUUUCAGGUUUUCUUCUUUCAACAUUUUAAUCGAGUUUUCAUUCAUUUUUCUUUCUGUUUCUUCUUGUCUCCAUUUAAUCCAUGCUUUUUUCUUCAUUCCUGUUUUGUUUUUUCUUUCAUUCAUUUUUUUCUUUCGAUUUGUUUCUUUUUACCACGUUUUUAUCAAAUGUUCUUUCUUCUUUUCUCCUUCAUUUUUUCAGUGUAUUUCUUUUUUUUUUUUUUACACUUUCUACAAUUUUAUUCAUUCAUUUUCUUUUUAGUGUUUCUUCUUCGUCUUUUCUUUCAUUCACACUUUCUCCUAAAAUGCUUUAUUAUUUCUUUUCCCUUUCCUAUUCCUCUUUUUCUUCCUCUCAUUCUUGCCUUCUUUUAUUCAUUCUGUUUGUUUUUUUUCAACUUCCAGUUGUUUUUUCUUCUUUCUUUUCUGUCUUCUUUCUUUCUUUCUUUCUUUCUUUCUUUCUUGCUUUCUUGCUUGCUUGCUUCAUUUCUGCCUUUUUUUCUUUCUAUCCUCCAUUCUUUCUUUUUUCUUUCUUUACUGUUUCCUUUCUUAUUUUUUUCUUCUUUUCUUUCUUCUUUGCUGUCAUCUUUCUUCUUUUCUUUCUUUUUUCUUUUUUCUCUUCUUUCUCUCUACUUUCUUUUCUUCUUUUUUCUUUCUUUCUUCUUCUUUUCUGUCUUCUUUCUUUCUUUUUGCUUUCUUCUUUUCUGUCUUCUUUAUUCUUUCUUUCUUUCAUUGUUUCUUUUCAUUGUUUCUUUCUUUUUCUUCUUUUUUCUUCUUUCUUUCUACUGUCUUUCUUUCUUCUUUUCUUUCUUCUUUCCUUCUACUUUUAUUCCUUAA